AUGAAUUUCGAUACUGUAAAAUUUAUUAUAGAAAUUCAAAACCGUCCUUGUUUAUGGGAUAGUUCAUCAAAUGAUUAUUCCGAUCGUAACUUAAAAAUUAAAGGUUGGGGCGAAAUAGUAAACAUAUUUAAAGAAAAAGACGAAAUGAAAAACCAAGAAAAAAAACAACAAAAGGUUGUUGCGUUAAGAAAGCCUGAAGUUGUGGCAUCAAAAGAGUCCAAAGCUACAGAUCCUGAUCCUGAAAAAGACAUGCAAGAAGAUAGACAAGUGGGAAGUUGUCCGAAAAGAAUGAAAACAAAACAGAAGACCACACCUGAAGAUGACAAAUUUUUAGAAGCCCUUAACGAAUCCAUCAAAAGUAGAGAACAAUAUGAGCUUGGAAGUCAAGAUGAAGAUAGGUUAUUCAUGCUGUCUUUAGUAAGCACGUUAAAAAAUUGCCUCCUGCAAAAAAUGGCAACCAGAAUAAAAAUAAUGACAAUUCUUGAAGAAGCUGCCCGCUCUAUGCCCAACAUUGAUGAUAGUGCAUUAUACUGUCAAAGCUAUUGGUCACAACAAACAGAACCGCCGCCAUCUCGAAGUUAUCACCCCGGAUAUUCUACUGUUCGCGGAGAAACCCUAUGA